AAAGGAACCAGUUUAAUCCCAACCAUCAGGAACAAGGACCUGCCAGCGAAGCAGGGGCCAGCCUCCUGAGAUCAGGCAAGGAGAUCUCUCUCUCUCUCCCUCUUCUGUAGCAGAGACAGCAGCUGCUGGGUGGAGCAGCCCUCCAGGGAAAAUGCAGGACAGAAGCAUCAUCACCAAAGGCAACAUGCAAGAGGCUGGUCUCCCUGCCACCUCUGAUUCUGAUUCUAAUCAACAGUUGGAUAUGAUGACCAAGGGCCUGAGUCAAAGACUUCGUGGAAAAGCUCAAAUUGCAACCGUGAAGGCUGAAAACCAGCCUAGAAGCAAGAAGGCCGAACAGCUCAAAAUGGAGACAAAGCAAGAGAAGGAGGAGGAGGAGGAGGAGGAGGAGAAAAAAGAAGAGCGUUCUGGUCUCAUUGAAUUCUUUAGCUCCUAUCAGGAGCUUUUCCAGUUCUUUUGUAACAACACAACCAUCCAUGGGGCCAUCCGACUGGUCUGUUCUAAGAAGAACAAGAUGAAGACUGCCUUCUGGUCGGUUCUCUUCUUCCUCACCUUUGGCCUCAUGUACUGGCAGUUUGGAAUUAUCUACAGAGAGUACUUCAGCUUUCCUGUCAACCUGAACUUGAACCUCAACUCUGAUAGGCUUACCUUCCCUGCUGUCACGCUGUGUACUCUCAAUCCCUACAGGUACAGUGCAAUUCAGGAGCAGCUGCAAGAGCUGGAUCAAAUCACACAGCGGACACUGAUAGAGCUCUACAAAUAUAACAUGUCCAUGGAGCAGAAGAACUGGCAGGCCCAAUCCUUGCGGAAACGCAGCUCCAGGAGCCUGUACCGCCACAUCCAACGCCACCCGCUCUAUAGACACAAGCGUGAGACCAGCAUGGAGGAGAACAAUCCCCAAGUGGACAAGAGUGACUGGAAGAUUGGUUUCAUUCUGUGGAAUGAAAACAAGACAGACUGCUUCCACCAAAUGUACUCCUCAGGUGUGGAUGCCGUCCGAGAGUGGUACAGCUUCCAUUACAUCAACAUCCUGGCGAGCAUCCCUGAUAUCAAAGACCUCGACGAGUCCAACUUCACAAGCUUCAUCUAUUCCUGCCGUUUCAACGAGGAGACAUGCAACAAAGCGAACUACACUCAUUUCCAUCACCCAAUUUAUGGAAACUGCUACACGUUCAAUGACAACAGCAGCACACUCUGGAUGUCCUCCCUGCCUGGGAUCAAUAAUGGUCUCUCUCUAGUUGUCCGCACAGAGCAGAAUGACUUUAUCCCACUUCUAUCCACUGUGACGGGAGCCCGAGUGAUGGUGCACGGUCAGAAGGAACCGGCCUUCAUGGAUGACGGGGGCUUUAAUGUGCGCCCCGGCGUUGAAACCUCCAUCAGUAUGAGAAAGGAAACAACAAACCGUCUUGGAGGCACCUACAGCGAUUGCACAGAAAACGGCAGCGAUGUGCCCGUGAAGAUCCUCUACCAAUCCCGUUAUACUGAGCAGGUCUGCAUUCGUUCCUGUUUUCAGAAUAGCAUGGUGGACCGGUGUGGUUGUGGCCAUUUCUUCUACCCCUUGCCCACCGGAGCAGUUUACUGUGACUACAACAAGCAUCCCGCCUGGGGUUAUUGUUAUUACAAACUCCAGGCUGAAUUCAAAACAGGCACCCUGGGAUGUUUCGCCAAAUGCCGGAAACCUUGCAAGGUGACAGAAUACCAGUUGGCAGCUGGAUAUUCACGAUGGCCUUCUGCUGUCUCUGAGGCCUGGGUGUUCCACAUGCUGUCACGGCAAAACAAGUACAACAUCACAUCCAAGAGGAAUGGAAUUGCCAAAGUGAAUAUAUUUUUUGAGGAGUGGAAUUAUAAAAGCAACGGGGAGUCUCCUGCUUUCACGGUGGUGACGCUGCUUUCACAGCUGGGAAGCCAGUGGAGUCUCUGGUUUGGGUCCUCUGUCCUCUCGGUGGUAGAGCUGGCUGAGUUGAUUCUGGAUUUCGUCGCCAUCACCUGCAUCCUGACUUUCCACCGGCUGUACUUGCACAAAUCCUCUGACCUCCACACACCCAACAGCCAUGACCCCACCUCCCAUGCUGCAUCUCCUGCCACCGACGCCCCACAACGCGCCUCGUCGCUCGAGUCUGAAGUUGCUGCGCUACCAUCCUACAACAGCUUGGAAUCGCUGUCCCUGCACAGAGUUGCCUUCAGGAGAACAGAGUGAGGGGCGCCGGGCCAGAAUGGCUUGCACGAGCCCUUCUUCUUGAAGCAUUGAGAUGGACAUGACUGCCGGCAGCUCACUGUACUUUUCAUACUUCCAUGAGGCAGAUUGGACCGAAAGGUCUUCUGGGAGGUUAUUGGCAGAAGGAAGUCAUAGUACAUAUAUAGGGCCCAAGUGGCUUGGAAUGACCUCUCUGGCUGCUUUGCAACUUUGCUGUAUGCAGCUACUGUAAUCUGUAUUUCAGAUUGGGGUCCCCAAUGUGGCACCCUCAGACACAGAGAGAGAGAGAGUUGCCAUCUGCCCAUCCCUCCCAAUUGUUUUGUUUUGACCAUGAGUGACAUUGGGCCGGGGAGAAAACAAAACUCAAUUAUCCACCCACCCCUCCUUUCCCCCAGAAUGUCCCUGGGCCCAUGCAUAAAUUGUUGGGGGGUUCCCCCCUUCCCUUUGGUGUAUAUUUUGUUUUGCUUUUUACUUUGCUUGGUUUUGGGGUGUUUGGAUUGGCUCUUGUUGCUGUUUGGUUGUGGAGUGUGUUCUGGCCACUGGGGGGAACUUUUUUUUUUGGUCUGUGUUGUGUUUUUUUGGGGGGGUUGCUGUUGAUGGAAAGCAUCACCGUGUUUUUUUUUCCUUCUGUGAAAUGGGUUGUUCCCAGGCCCCAAAAGGUGGCAGACCCCUGAUCUAAAAGAACAAACCCGAAACAGGCGGUGUAUCUGCUAGGUCUUUGUAUGCACAAUGAGCAAGAGUCUGGCAGGAAAGAGAGCAUGAAGAACGAGGAACCAACCCCCUUCAGCCCACACAGAUUAGCACGGUCUUCAAGGGAAAACUCUCUACCCAUUUUGCCUUCAUUGCGGCCAUUCCCAGCAGAUUCCUUUGCAUCUGGAGAGAUGCAGGAAAGUCAGUUUAGCUGGAGUCUUGCCGCCCUAUGCAAUGCAUACAUUUUUUUCUGCCUAAAGACAGGAAAUGGGCCUUGCUUCUGCAAGCUUGCUAGACAAAGGCUUGGCGGCAUCUUCCUCCAUCCCACUAGGAGCCCGGGGAGUCCUUUUAUCGUGCAGCAGUGUUGGGAUAUGUAAUAUGAACGGAGAACAGAAAUGCGGUAGACCCGAGAGCUCCUGCUAUUAGAACUGAGGCAGUACUGUGAGGCCCGGCAUGGGCGUCAAGGAAAGGACUAAAAUGAGAGCCUGUAAAGACCAAGUUCACCAUGUUGGAGGCAUCCAUCUAUGUCCCUCAGAGCUGGGAUGCCUCAUGCAGCACUGACAGACAGGGAGGCAGGCAAAGGUGACAACUGUAGCAUCAGGGGGGAAACUGAGAGGGAGAAGGUAAGGAGAAGGUAAGGAAGCUCAGGAGAAUCCAAGGAACAUCACAGCCCUUCCCAGCCCUGAUUAGGCACACGGCACUAUUGAAUGGUGUUAUACCACAGCAGGAACACCACGGAAAAACACCACGCUGGUAAAAAAAAAAGAAGUGUGAAUUAAAUAUUUGAGUGUGAACAAUGAA